AUGCCGGAGAUCAAUCGAGACCCAGAUGCCGACAUGGUUUUGAGCCUUGUGGACCUGGUGCGCUAUCCCAUCGCGGACCUGGAAAGCGGCAAAGGCGCUGCGUUUCUGAAGGCCUGUCAGGACCAGAUGGAGGAGCACGGCUGGUGCAAUCUGGACGGGUUCGUCCGCCCCGAGGCCCUGGAAGCUUUGGCCGGGGAAUCCAACGCUUUGUUGCCGUGCGCCGAGGUUCUGACCAUCAAGCGCAACAUCUAUCAAGGCGCGAUUGAUCCGACGCUGCCCAAAGAUGACCCGCGCCGGAAGGAAUAUACACAUGUGGCGACGCAACUGGCGGAUGAUCAACUGCCGGAUGACACGCUCAUUCAACGGCUCUAUCAGUCCGAGCUUCUGACUGAUUUCGUUCGCCGUGUGCAAAAGAAAGAGGUGCUCCAUCGCUGUGCCGAUGAAUUCCAGGCGCUGAAUGUCGUCGCCCUGCACCCCGGCAGUUGGCAUGCCUGGCACUACGAUACGACGGAAUGCACCGUGACGCUGCUGCUGCAAGCGGCUGAAACCGGGGGUGAAUUCGCUUUUCUGCCGAACUCGCGCACCGCUGAAACCGAAGACCGCGAGGCUGUUGAUCGGUUGCUUGCCGGUGAUAUGUCCCAUGCAAAGACAUUCGGUCGUAGCGCCGGCACAUUCACUCUGUUUCGCGGCGGCUACUCUUUGCACGGGGUGACCGAAGUCGAAGGGGCGAUCCCGCGCGUCACUGCCAUCAUGACCUACGACGAACAAGAAGGCCGAGUGAUCAGCGACGACAUCAACAUGCGCAUCUAUGGCGAUCGCGUCAAAAAGAUCCUCGCGGAUCGCGCAGCUACCAGCAUCAACGCAUAA